CAGUGUCCGGCCCUCGGCCCAUAGGAGGAGCAGUUUGCGAACGCCUGGGGUCGAGCUGCCAGUUUCAGGGGCAGAGGAGGUAGCCGAGAGGCCGAGCGGCACCUUCCCAGACUGCGCCCCGAUGCUGCGCGCCCUGACCUGCGCCCUGCGCCUUCCGCGCUCCUGGAGGCCCCUGGGGGCCCGUGGCUGUGCCUCGGAGCCGGCGGCCGCGGGCCGCGAGAUCCAAGUGUGCCCUCUGGAGGGUCCAGACCAAGGAAUUACUGAGAUUCUGAUGAACAGACCGAGAGCCCGCAAUGCCCUGGGGCACGUCUUUGUCAGCGAGCUGCUGGAAGCUCUGGCCCAGCUGCGGGAGGACCGGCAAGUGCGUGUCCUGAUCUUCAGAAGCGGAGUGAAGGGUGUGUUCUGUGCAGGUGCAGACCUGAAGGAGCGGGAGCAGAUGAGUAACGCGGAGGUGGGGGUCUUUGUCCAGCGGCUCCGAGGUCUGAUGAAUGAGAUUGCGGCCUUCCCUGCACCCACCAUCGCAGCAAUGGAUGGAUUUGCCUUGGGUGGAGGCCUGGAACUUGCCCUGGCCUGUGAUCUCCGAGUGGCAGCUUCCUCGGCUGUCAUGGGGCUGAUUGAGACCACCCGAGGGCUCCUCCCAGGAGCAGGAGGGACUCAGAGGCUGCCUCGAUGCCUGGGGGUGGCCCUGGCGAAGGAGCUCAUCUUCACAGGCCGAAGACUGAGCGGGACGCAGGCCCAGGCCCUGGGGCUGGUGAACCACGCCGUGGCCCAGAAUGAGGAGGGCAACGCUGCCUACCACCGGGCACGAGCACUGGCCCAGGAGAUCCUGCCCCAGGCCCCCAUUGCUGUGCGGCUAGGCAAAGUAGCCAUUGACCGAGGAAUGGAGGUGGACAUCGCAUCAGGGAUGGCCAUUGAAGGGAUAUGCUAUGCCCAGAACAUCCCCACCCGGGAUCGGCUGGAAGGCAUGGCAGCUUUCAGGGAGAAGCGACCCCCUAGAUUUGUUGGCGAGUGACUUCUGUUUAACGUUAAGCACGGGAAAUGCGCAUCUUACAGGGCAGGAUUCCGAAGGAAAAUCUGCAGUGCAACAGCCUUCAUCAUUUCACCUCUCUGGGCUUCAGUCUCCUCACAAGGAUGAUGGAUAUAAAAUGAGUGGCAUAGUACCUGGUACUAAAGUGCUGACCAUGCCACCUACUACCACCUUCAUUAUUCUUCACCCAAGCUAGAUAAUCACUGGGAUCGGGUUUGCUUAGGAGAAUACCUUUCUCUCCCUAUUAGAAUGAUAAACUAAGGGUAAAAAAAUCCUCUGGGCCUUUGUAUUGCUGGCACUCAAGCCUGACCUCUGCAUCUCAGUCAUUAGGUGCUCACCAGAGAUGGCAAGAGGUUGUAGGAACCCCUGGUUUCUUCCUCUGUACAACAGAGAUAAUAAGGAAACCCUGGUAGUGGUUGAACAGGCAUCAGGAAUCAGACUGCAGAUCCCAGCUGUCAGUUACUCACUAUGUGCCUCAGCUUGUGCAUCUAUGAUCAAACUGUUGUGAGGAUUUUAAAAAAUAAUAAAACAUCUCAAGUUCAAUAAA